AUGUCCCAUCAGCAGAAGCAACCGGCACCAAUGCCCCAGCAAGUGUGGCAUCCAGCUCAAUUUCCCCAGCAGCAGAAACAACCGGCCUCCAUGCGGCUACCACUGAAGCAACCGACCACCAUACCUCAGCAAGUGUGGUAUCCAGCUCAAAUGCCCCAGAAGCAACCAGCCACUGAACCUCAGCAGCAGAAGGAACCCACCUCCGUACCUCAGCAAGUGUGGCAUCCAGCUCAAUUUCCCCAAAAGCAACCGGCCUCCAUGCCUCUACCACAGAAGCAACCGACCACCAUGCCCCAGCAAGAGUUGCAUCCAGCUCAAAUGCCCCAGCAGCAGAAGCAACCGGUUCCAAUGCCCCAGCAAGUAUGGCAUCCAGCUCAAAUGCCCCAGCAGCAGAAGAAACCAGCCACUGAACUUCAGCAGCAGAAGGAACUGACGGCCACACCCCAGCAAUGUCAGCAAGUGUGGCAUCCAGCUCAAAUGCCCCAGCAGCAGAAGCAACCGGCCUCCAUGCCUCUACCACAGAAGCAACCGACUGCCAUGCCACAGCAAGUGUGGUAUCCAGCUCAAUGUCCACAGCAGCAGAAGCAACCGGCCGCUGAACCUCCGCAGCAGGAGGAACCCACCUCCGUACCUCAGCAAGUGUGGCAUCCAGCUCAAAUGCCCCAAAAGCAACCAGCCACUGAACCUCAGCAGCUGAAGGAACCGACCGCCAUACCUCAGCAAGUGCGCUAUCCAGCUCAAAUGUCCCAUCAGCAGAAGCAACCGGCCCCAAUGCCCCAGCAAGUGUGGCAUCCAGCUCAAUUUCCCCAGCAGCAGAAACAACCGGCCUCCGUGCCGCUACCGCAGAAGCAACUGACCGCCAUACCUCAGCAAGUGUGGUAUCCAGCUCAAUUUCCCCAGAAGCAACCGGCCGCUGAACCUCAGCAGCAGAACAAACCGACCGCCAUACCCCAGCAAGUGUGGCAUCCAGCUCAACUUCCCCAGACGCAACCGGCCUCCAUGCCUAUACCGCAGAAGGAACCGACCGCCAUGCCCCAGCAAGAGUGGUAUCCAGCUCAAAUGCCCCAGAAGCAACAGACCGCCAUGCCACCGCAGCAGCUGACCCCUAUGCCUGAGCAAUUAUGGCAUGUAGCUCAAAUGCCCCAGAAGCAACUGGCCUUAAUGUCUCCGCAGAAGCACUACGAAAGCACUGAAGAUGGUGCCUCUAGCUCUCAAGCCAGCGUCGUUGAACAGUCGGUUCUCAUCCCAAUUUAUUCCUACAGUUCCAAAUCGCGCUACGAGAAUGGCAAAACUGUCUUCUCCCAAACCCGCUACACUCCUGGGGAGGCAAUGCCUGUUGAUAGUGGAAAUUCUCUCAAGGACAAUCAUGUUGACAUUGCUGCACCAAGCAUAUACCCACCACUAGUAAAGGAUCCUGCAAGGUAAUGUACAACUUUAACCUGAUCUGAACUUUGCUUUCUGAAUUUGAAGUCCUUUGUAAUAACCAUAUAUCUAUCAACAGGAAAAUCUAAUGGUGGAUUCGUCUUCUAGAAGCUCUAAUGGUGAGAAUUGAUUUAAUGACAAAUUGUUUAAAUAACAUUCUGCGUUGCUGACAUUGUUCGACUUUCUUUCAGGUUUUGGUCUGCUUUUGUUUCAACCAGGAAGUUGCUGGUACUCUAGCAUGACUGAAUCAAUAAACAAUUUUACUUUCAAAAACGCCUAGUCUCUUUGAAAUACUGAGGUUUAUCUUGUACCCACUGCUUGCUGAUUGGAAACAGUGUGCAGUCUGUAGUAAAAAGGAAUGCUGUUCAGUUAAUUAUUUGGUUUUUGACUCGUUUUCACGUCUGUUACUGGUUGUUCAAAUUAAAAGAUUAGCUCUACAAUAGUUUUGUCAAGUGGUGGUAUGUCUGACAUUCGUCAUAUGUUCAUACUUUAGACGUAGGCAUGCAUUAUAUACAGUGUUGCGACAAUAUUGACUUCAACCUCAGUCUAAGCUUUUAAGAUGGUCAGACCAUGGCUCACUUAACUAUUUGAAUUUUUAGUACCCUUUCGGUAUCACAAUAUUGACUUUGGCCUUAUACUAUAGCCCGUAAAACAAAUGGUAAAGGGUCAAAUAAAUCAGUUUAGAAGUGUCUUCUAUAUCUAGGUGAAAGCUAAGAUGGUGUUUUGGACACUUCAAACCAUUACAACUACCUCCAUGCCUCUUUGUAUGGGUUACAUUAAGCUGCUUCUUGACACUUGUGGGGGUCAUUGAGCAAACUGAACAAUGUUUGAGUCUCCCCUUUCCCUAUUGGUCAUAGUUUGUAGGCCAAUCCGUUUGGACGAUAUAGAUGUUCCUGUGAGUCCACUUUUUGGGACGUCUGACCAAUUGCACUGUCCACUGCAGAUUCGUAAGGGCGACCUAGGCGGAUGCAGUGGAUUUAGACGCAGCCCAUACAAAACUUUCUGGCUUCAACUGAUUUAUUUCGAUGGGCUUUUUUGUUACUUUGACGUGCAUCAAUAUUCCUCCUGCUAGUCCAUUUAUUGUACCACAGGUUCCAAUAGAAAGGAUUCAGUGUACAUUAUCUUUACAAUGCCUGGAACGGUUUAUCCUAUCAAUUAACAAAUAUAUUCUGUAUAGAACAUGUACAUUUUUCUAAACCAAGUAUUGUUGAUCUAACUGCGUAGUAUGGGAGUUCAGACUGUAGAUGGAUCCAUUAAGUUUCAAAGAGGAAGCCGGUAGGCACUAGCAGGGAAGCUUAGCUAGCAUAAAUUGUCACCUGGGACUUAUUCAUUGACAACUUGACAGAUUUGCCUGUUUUAGUUGACUGACUGUUUGGCCAAAGACUCAUGAACAUGGACGAAAUUGUAUAUGCAUUAAAUUGUCUGCUUUCCUGUAAAACAUUACUAUUGUCGGACAAUCUCUUCUAGCAUACGUCAACAGGCGACUUCAGUUAAUUUGUCACUAUGGAAUGUUUGGACAGUCUUACUGUGUCCGCAGCCUUUUUGCACAACACAUGUCUACCUGACCCCUGAGGUUGCAUCUGCAAAUGCCCCUGGCAGAAACUUAAUUAGCCUGCAUUAAAAGGUGCACUUGAUUAAGCUCACCCAGUGCAAUGGGUAGUUAGAUUUCACUCUAUAAAACCAUCGGAUUGGUCCAUGAUGCGCUAACCCUCCAGCACACCAGCUGAAUGAAAUCAAGUGCACCUAAACUCAAUUGGACCAAUGGAAAUUAUGUUCGGUGGCUGGCAGCUGUACCUAAUUAACCAGACAGAUUAGCAGGGUCUAGGAUUCCUUUAUAAGGUGCAGCAAAAAAAAAUAAAGAUGAUCAGCUACAAUAAAGGAGAUAUCCUGGUAGGCUUCUGGCUACCAUUAGUUUUGAAUACUGAGGUUUUGAUUUCAUUUAACCCAUACACUUAAGAGAAAUAUUCUGUUUAUUCAUGGAUACUCAUGAGCGGGAUAUCAAAGGUGCAUCUAAAUCGCUCAUCCCGAAUAAGACCUGGAGCUACUAUCCAGAAAAAUGUGUGCAUGUAAACAUGGUCACUGUCCAGUGGUGAAAUGUCAGACCUUCCUCAUAUGUUCAUACUUUAGAUGUAGUUUUAUGUAGGCGUGUGUAGUAACCUUGUAAAUUAUAUUUACCAAUAGAUGGCAGUAUUGUCAACAUGGAGUUUGUUUCCCGCUUUCAGUACCCCUUUAAAUGUCUGCCAUUAACCGUGCACAAAAAAGCCUCAGGUAGCUUACUCCAGAUGCACUCCUGUAAUGUUACAAUUAAAUACUAAUACGUACUUGCGUGUCUGGAGUCCUCGAGCUAAGAAGCAUCCUAAGAUACUACAGCAUGCAUUGUAUAUGGUUUUGAGAUAAUCUUGAUUUAUUCUUUAACCUGUAGCUCAUUCCUCUUGUUAGUCCAUUGUUAAUCUUAGUUACUGCAUGCUACUAAAGAAUGGAUUCAGUGUACUAUCUUUACAAUGCCUGGAACGGUUUAACCUAUCAAUUAACUAAUAUAUUCUGUACAGACUACAGAUCGUCUUUGAACAUGUACAUUUUUCUAAACCAAGUAUUGUUGCUGAAAUCACGGGAAUGCCUGGAAUGUUCUGAUGCCGGGCAUCCUGGCGGUUGGCGGAGUGGCGUGGAGGGGGUUGGGCAGGUGGAUGGAGCAUUGGAAGUUAAGACCAGGUUUAGCCUUUGUUCUCUCUCUUUACGUCUGGGCUUCACAAGAGAAGGUCACGAUUGGCUUGUGGGUUAUCUUUCAUUUAUUUGGCGUGGGCUACGGCCAAACAGUAGCCUGUGUAAAGUUGGUUUAAUAAACCGUCCAUUCGUAAACUCAAUCCUCUGUCUGGACAGUUGUUCUUUUAUGAUCUAGUCAGGUCAUUACAUUGGUGUCAGAAGUAAAAACGUUGAUAAAAGUUAGCCAGCUAGCUAGCUGACUUCUGUGGCUAGCUACCGUAGGUGAGAACGGGGGUUGAAGAUGCUUCGAGGGAAUCCGAAAGUGAAGGUGGAGGUAGGGGACGAUUAUGGCCAAGGAGGUGCGUGUGCAUGGACGUCGGGGGUUCUGGCUGAGGAGAUCGCCAGGGCAUCGGAGCCCAGAGGCGGCUUGAGGGAGGACGUUAGAGUGAUGGCGGCUGAAGCGGGCAUGAGUGCUUCGUCGACUGUGUUUCGCGCAGAUUCUGGUGGGCGGACCGAAGGGGUGACGUCGACGCGGCGGGACGAGGAAUCUGGGGCUCAGGAUGUAAACAAACAUGGCGGCGCCCAGUUCCCGGCUGCGUCCGUAUCCGUUAAGACCCCGAAGUAUUCCGGUAAGGCGGAUUGGGAAGCUUUUCAUGCUCAGUUUGAACUGUUAGCUCAUUUUAGGGGGUGGUCGGAUGAAGAUAGGGCACUGCAGUUGGCUUCAUGCCUCACGGAUGAAGCUCUGGCCUGUUUGAUAUUGAUUAGCCCCGAGGACAGACGUGAUUAUGGUGCUUUAGUGGGAGCACUGAGGAGGCGCUAUGGACAGUGUGUACAGCCCGGGCUACUGCGCUCCGAACUGAGUAAUAGACGCAGGCAGCCUGGAGAGCCUCUACGGGUGCUAGCUAAUGACAUUGAGAGCCUCUCUCGGCGGGCAUAUGCUCACAUGCCCCCCUCCGUGCAGAGCGAGCUAGCACGGGACCAGUUCAUACAGGCGCUCUCUCCUACGGAGCUGCGCAUACAGACCCAGCUGGCUCAUCCUGAGUCAUUGCAGGUAGCCUUGGAGAUGGCUUUGGAGAGGGAGCUGGUGUGGGCUGGGGCUUCAGCUGGGGCUUUGGUGGGGGUGCAGGGAGACAGACCCUCUGUGCGAGCUGGGGGGCAGAGCAGCCCGGAGCCGGAAAAGCCUGCAUGGGUGGCUGAAAUGACAGAACUCAUUCGUGCUGUGUCGCUACAGGCGGCACGAAACACACGCCCUGGUCCCAGGGUCUGCUGGGGUUGUGGCCAGCCAGGCCAUCUGCGCCGAGAUUGCCCCAUGUCCCCCAGAGCUCAGGGAAACGGCUCGGGGUCCGCAUAGACCGGGUAGUGCGGUCCCCUGGCUUUCUAUCCCAACCACCAUCUUCUUCAGGAGGAGCCCACCGGCACAGACGGGGAAGCAAGGCUCCACUUCCCCCAGAAGCAGACGAGGGCAAGCGGAUGGAGCCUGUUGUUGUGGUGGGCCGGACCUGUGUUGGGGACUUUUGUCAUGUCCCUGUCACUGUGGAGGGGGUGCCCUGCUCCGCCCUGGUGGACACUGGGUCCACAGUAACCCUGGUGAGGCCAGAUAUUGUGCCAGGUUGGACUCAGUGUGAGCCUACAACUGUGCAGCUCCGCACAGUCACAGGUGAGCUGGCACCCAUGAAAGGGAAGGGAAUAAUGACUCUGACAGUAGGGGGCAGGACUGUGCGUCAUCCUGUGUGGGUGGCGGCUGUGCAGGACCCUUGUAUCCUGGGGUUGGACUUUCUUAGGAGCACAGGCUGCCAGUUAGACCUAAAUAGGGGCACACUGAGCUUCCAGGGAGGGCCGGAGGUCACCAUGGCCCCUAAUGUCACAUUCACUCAACCCAACAAACCCUUUACUCCAACAGUUAAAGCAGCAGAGACUCAUGGCUGCCCCCCCUCCCCCACAUCUGGGUGUGACUUUUCCCCAGCUCCCCUGUCACCUACGGCGUUGUGUUACAUUCCCCCAGCUACCUCCACGACACAGCCCUCUGUGAGCCCGGGCCGCGCCCCCCCAGCCCAGCUACCCCAGAUGGGAGGGGAGAGGACACUGUCUGCAGUGAGGGAGAUAUGGGGGAGGAACUGUGUUGGUCUUGACCCCGAGCAGCAGGAACGGUUGAAGCAGUUGCUGUUUGAAUUCAGAGACAGCUUUGCGCUGAGUGAGGAAGAGGUGGGUCAGACUCAUCUCGUGCAGCAUGAGAUCGACACAGGUGAUGCUCGACCUAUCAAGAUGCGUCCCCGCCGUAUCCCGCUGGCACGCCAGGAGGCGGCAGACAAGGCUGUGUUGGAGAUGCAGCGGGCAGACUUCAUUGAGCCCUCAGACAGCCCCUGGGCGGCGCCAGUCGUCAUGGUUCCGAAGAAGGGGGGCAAGCUGAGGUUCUGUGCGGACUACAGGCGGCUGAAUGAGGUAACCAGGAAGGACUCAUACCCCAUACCACGUAUCGAUGAGUCGCUGGACCUGGUUAGGGGGUCCUCCUGGUUCUCCUCACUAGACCUCCGCAGUGGCUACUGGCAGGUGCCCCUCUCCCCAGAGGCCAGAGCCAAAACUGCGUUCUCCACUAACAGAGGACACUGGCAGUUCAAGGUCCUGUGCUUUGGCUGUGCAACGCUCCAGCUACUUUUGAGCGUUUGAUGGACAGGGUGCUGGAUGGCAUCCCCCGACAGCAGUGUCUGGUAUACCUCGAUGACAUCCUGGCCCAUGGCAGCUCCUUCCAGUCAGCCCUGGGGGCGCUACGGUGUGUGCUGGAGAGGGUGGCUGCCGCAGGUCUGAAGCUCCACCCCGAGAAGUGCCACUUCAUGAGGAGAGAGGUGUCCUUCUUGGGCCACCGAGUGGGGAAGGAGGGGAUCAGCACCAUGGAGGACAAGGUAGCGGCUGUCAGAGACUGGCCCACCCCCACCGACCAGCGUCAGCUGAAGAGCUUCCUGGGCCUGGCCUCGUACUACAGGAGGUUUGUACGGGGCUUCUCAAGCGUUGCUGCUCCACUGAACCGCCUGCUGCCGAAGGACAAGGCUUUCACUUGGACAGUGGAGUGUGAGGAGGCGUUCAACACCCUCAAACGUGCACUGAUCGAGGCCCCCGUGCUCGCCCCCCCUGACCUCACAUUGCCCUUUAUCCUGGACACAGACGCGAGCAAUGUGGGCAUGGGUGGGGUGUUGGCCCAGGUGGGGCCAGAGGGGGAGAGAGCGGUGGCGUACUUCAGCAAAACAUUUGACAAACAUGAGCGCCGCUACUGUGUCACCCGGCGGGAGCUCUUGGCUGUUGUGGCUUCCGUCAAACACUUCAAGUACUACCUGGGUGGUCUGCCCUUUACUGUAAGGACCACUCUGCUCUCCAGUGGCUCAUGUCUUUCAGAGAGCCAGAGGGGCAGGUGGCACGCUGGUUGGAGGAGCUUCAGCCGUAUGACUUCACGGUGGUGCACAGGGCAGGGGCACGCCACUCCAACGCCGACGCCAUGUCCCGUCGGCCCUGUACUGCAGACGGCUGCCGCCACUGUGAACGGAGAGAGGGACGGGAGAGAGAGCUGUGUGCAGAGGAGGGGGUCUGUGCCACAGUGUGUCGGGCGAGCGGGCCUGUCUGCUGUGAGCUGCAGACUGUCGACGUGGCUGAAUGGGGGCAGCAGCAGGGACGGGACACAGACCUACAGCCAGUGCUACAGUGGGUAGAGGCGCAGGUGAGGCCACCAUGGGAAGAGGUGACAGCGCUCUCACUCGCGACCAAAGGGUUGUGGUCAAAGUUUGAGCGACUGCGGCUGGCUGAUGGCGUGUUACAGCGGGCAUGGAAGGAGUCAGCUACGGGGGAGGAGAGGUGGCAGGUGGUGGUCCCAAAAGCAUUGCGGGAGGCUGUGCUCCAGAGUACUCAUGGGGGGGUGAGGACUGGACACUUUGGGGUCACAAAAACACUGCGCCGCCUCCGUCAGGGCUUUUACUGGGGGCAGCACAAGAGGGAUGUGGAAGACUUUUGCCGCCGCUGUGACAACUGCACAGCGAGAAAGGGCCCCCCAGGCCGCUCUCAUGCUCAGCUCCAACAGUUCCUAGUGGGGGCUCCCAUGGAGAGGGUGGGAGUGGAUGUAGUUGGGCCGUUCCCCACCACAGACAGUGGAAACCGCUGGGUGCUCACGGCCAUGGACUAUUUCACAAAAUGGCCCGAGGCCUAUGCUCUGCCUGACCAGGAGGCAGAGACCAUUGUCGACGCCCUGACAGCGGGGAUGUUCAGCAGGUUUGGAGCUGCAGAGUCCAUCCACAGCGACCAAGGCAGAAACUUUGAGUCCCGUGUGUUCGCCACCAUGUGUGAGAGGCUGGGUAUGCACAAGACCCGCACUACUCCUCUCCAUCCUCAAAGUGAUGGCCUUGUGGAGCGCUUCAACAAAACGCUUGGACAGCAGCUGGCCAUCGUCUCUUCCAAACACCAGCGUGACUGGGACAAGCACCUGCCUAUGGUCCUCAUGGCAUGCCGCUCCGCUGUCCAAGACUCCACCUCCUGCACGCCUGCCCUCCUCAUGCUGGGGAGAGAGAUCCGUACCCCUGCGGAGAUGGUGUUUGGUCGGCCCCUGGAUAGCCCUCAUGUUUCCCUGGGGCCGGAGUAUGCCCGGAGACUCCAGGACCGCCUGGAGACAGCCCACACCUUCGCCAGAGAGCAGCUGCUGAAUGCAGGUGUGAGGCAGAAGAGGAACUAUGACGUGCACACCCGGGGAAGGCACUUUGUGGCUGGGGAGCUGGUCUGGGUCUACAGCCCUCUAAGGAAAAAAGGCAGAUGCCCCAAGUUGGACAGUCACUGGGUGGGACCCUGCAGUGUCCUGGAGAGGGUAGGGGAGGUUGUUUACCGGGUGCAGCUUCCUCCCAGGGGGAGAAAGGUGACACUGCACCGGGACAGGUUAGCUCCAUAUAGAGGGGCCUCUUCUCCCCAAACCCCAGGAACCCCCACAAUUCCCCUCUCUGGCAAUGACAUUCUCCAGACAGCCCACUCCCCCUGUGUCACCGCGUGGUUCCCCAGAGCCACAGACUGUAUUACCCGUUCCCGCUUCCUUGUCCCCCAUGUCCUUGCCUUCAUCCCCUGGUUCCCAGAGGGGCACUCUGCGGCCAUCACAGCCACGCAGGCAAAGGAGACCUCCGGGUCGCUUCAGAGACUUUGUUUGUUCCCUCGGGGACGAGGGACUUUGUGGUGGGGGGGCUGUGUAGCGACCCGCACAGACAGCUGUGUGUUAUGUGUUAGGCUAGGAGAUGGUUGUGUUGUACCUACCAGUACCCAGUGUUCGCGGGGUCCGACAUGUCAAUCAACCUGCUAUCUGCCAAUCACGGGAAUGCCUGGAAUGUUCUGAUGCCGGGCAUCCUGGCGGUUGGCGGAGUGGCGUGGAGGGGGUUGGGCAGGUGGAUGGAGCAUUGGAAGUUAAGACCAGGUUUAGCCUUUGUUCUCUCUCUUUACGUCUGGGCUUCACAAGAGAAGGUCACGAUUGGCUUGUGGGUUAUCUUUCAUUUAUUUGGCGUGGGCUACGGCCAAACAGUAGCCUGUGUAAAGUUGGUUUAAUAAACCGUCCAUUCGUAAACUCAAUCCUCUGUCUGGACAGUUGUUCUUUUAUGAUCUAGUCAGGUCAUUACAGUAUCUAUUCAUUAGGAGGGAUAACCUGUUAUUCUACACCUAUAGGUGUUUGUUCUACACCAAUUAAUUCAGUUAAAAUAACAGUAUUUGUAUAGUUCCAAUAACUUCAAAUUCUGGCAUUUUACUAUUUUGAACUUUUUGCAUUUGUUUCCUAGGUAAUUAUAGAUACAGUGGGAAAAAAAGUAUUUAGUCAGCCACCAAUUGUGCAAGUUCUCCAACUUAAAAAGAUGAGAGAGGCCUGUAAUUUUCAUCAUAGGUACACGUCAACUAUGACAGACAAAUUGAGAUUUUUUUCCUGAAAAUCACAUUGUAGGAUUUUUAAUGAAUUUAUUUGCAAAUUAUGGUGGAAAAUAAGUAUUUAGUCACCUACAAACAAGCAAGAUUUCUGGCUCUCACAGACCUGUAACUUCUUCUUUAAGAGGCUCCUCUGUCCUCCACUCGUUACCUGUAUUAAUGGCACCUGUUUGAACUUGUUAUCAAUAUAAAAGACACCUGUCCACAACCUCAAACAGUCACACUCCAAACUCCACUAUGGCCAAGACCAAAGAGCUGUCAAAGGACACCAGAAGCAAAAUUGUAGACCUGCACCAGGCUGGGAAGACUGAAACUGCAAUAGGGUAAGCAGCUUGGUUUGAGGAAAUCAACUGUGGGAGCAAUUAUUAGGAAAUGGAAGACAUACAAGACCACUGAUAAUCUCCCUCGAUCUGGGGCUCCACGCAAGAUCUCACCCCGUGGGGUCAAAAUGAUCACAAGAACGGUGAGCAAAAAUCCAAGAACCACACGGGGGGACCUAGUGAAUGACCUGCAGAGAGCUGUGACGAAAUUAACAAAGCCUACCAUCAGUAACACACUACGCCGCCAGGGACUCAAAUCCUGCAGUGCCAGACGUGUCCCCCUGCUUAAGCCAGUACAUGUCCAGGCCCGUCUGAAGUUUGCUAGAGUGCAUUUGGAUGAUCCAGAAGAGGAUUGGGAGAAUGUCAUAUGGUCAGAUGAAACCAAAAUAUAACUUUUUGGUAAAAACUCAACUCGUCGUGUUUGGAGGACAAAAGAAUGCUGAGUUGCAUCCAAAUAACACCAUACCUACUGUGAAGCAUGGGGGUGGAAACAUCAUGCUUUGGGGCAGUUUUUCUGCAAAGGGACCAGGACGACUGAUCCGUGUAAAGGAAAGAAUGAAUGGGGCCAUGUAUCGUGAGAUUUUGAGUGAAAACCUCCUUCCAUCAGCAAGGGAAUUGAAGAUGAAACGUGGCUGGGUCUUUCAGCAUGACAAUGAUCGCAUGACAAUGAACACUCGCUUCGUAAGAAGCAUUUCAAGGUCCUGGAGUGGCCUAGCUAGUCUCCAGAUCCAGUGGCGGCUCCUGAAAAAAUUCUCAGGGGGGGCAAUUUUUCUGAUGAUUUAGGUGACCUAUACACAUUUUUAAAAAGAUAUGUCCAGCAACAACAUGAAGACAGGGGCAGCAUAUAAGUCAAUACCAGAAGCAUUUAUUGACUGAUCUCAAAAGUGUUGGCUUACAAAAUCAAAAUAAGUUAUCACAGUAAAAAUAAUCAAGGGUGUUCUUUCACAUUCCUCAACACUGCAUAAACAAUAUGCAUUUCCAUAAACAAAUGAAAUAUCAGCUGAAAAUACAGCAUCUUGGUAUUUGUUCAGAUUGCAGGAUCAACAAGAGCUUUUACCACAUUUUUUGCCUCAUGGUUGAAUUGGAAAUAUGUGCACCUGAGCAUAAUUCACAACAAGCAAGCAGGAGCUUUUGAUAGAGGCUACUGAAAACAUUGAUGCAAGUUAUUGGUAAUAAGACAUUUUUAUAGACUUCCAUAUUCUGCCCUCUUGUAUAGAUUUGUGUAAAUGAACAGUGAUAGACAUUUUGCUUGAAAACAGAAUUUGAAAGUAAUUUCUAGAAAAGGUAAACACAGCUAUCUGUAUGGCUUUGUAAAAAUGAACAACCAUAUUCUGGCCAAUUGUAUAGAUUUGUAAAUAUGAACAACCAUAUUCUGGCCAAUUGUAUAGAUUUGUAAAAUGAACAUGAACAGAUUUUUUUUUUUGUUUACUUUUUUUUAAAUGAAAAAUAACUAUUUUAAACAACAUCAACUGUGAACUGAUUUGGGCGUGUGUGUGUUAAAGAGACAGGGAGGGAGGGACAAAGAGAGAGAGAGGCUACAUUACUUGUACUGAAACUGUUCUCUUCUCUGUUUCAAUACAGCAAAGCGUUCAAUGACUUUCUCAUUGAAAUCAGGCAUGCUGAGGACUAGUUCCCUCUCCAUGGAAAGCAUGGCCAGUGCAUUCAGACGUUCCUGGCCCAUUGAAUUUCGCAGGAAUGUCUUAACUCGUGUCAAAGUUGAGAAACAUCUCUCAGCUUCAGCUGUUGUCAUGGGAGUAGUUAUGAGGAUGUUCAACAGAGUCACAGUCUCAGAGAACGUCUCCUGGAGGUUGUAGCUCAUGAGAACCUGGUACAGUGCCAGUGCACCACAGCCUCCCUUGAAUUCAGGAUUCUCAUAGAUCAGAGAUAGUUCUGUCUUGAGCUUUGCCUUGCUCAGCAUGGGGUAUGCAUUCACAGUGGCAUUCAGAGCCUCAUCAGGAAAUGAAUGGCAGUACCUUUCAAACAUGUCUGCUUGCAGUAAGGUAGCACUCACAAGGUGGCCAGAGAAAGAGAACCUUUCUUUGGUGUGAUCCAGGAUGGUGUUGCAGACCUCUUCAGACAGCCUCUGCUUCUCCUCUUCUCUCAAAGCUGUUCUGGGUCUUUUGGCUCCUGUUGCUUCUUGCAGCUGCUGUUGAGAGGAGUCCCUGAAGGCAAACAGACCAAUGUGUUUGUUGGCUUUGUACAGUAUUGUUGUCUAUGUGAUGCGCAGGUAUAUGCAAUGUAUCCAUGAUGUAUAGUACAAAUACUUCAGUUCCACUUAAAAUGGGCAGGGAUGCAUAAAGUCUUUAGUGUUUAAGUUAGCCUUUGUGUCUCACAUAGCCUGGAUGUUCAGCACAGUAUACAGUGGUGCUCAUAAGCUUAUGAUCCCAUGCUAAAGUUGACUAAAAAGAGGAAUAAAAAAGAAAAGAAAAUUGGUGUCCAUAAAGGUUGGAUUUUCCAACUUUUUUAAUUAAGUCAUUAAGAUAAAUUUCCAAAAGAUGAUUUUUUUAUUUUUUUAUUCCUCUUUUUAGUCAACUUUAGAAUGUGUUCAUACACUUAUGAGCACCACUGCACAGUACACAUAGUAUAUAAAAUAAAAUAGAUUACACCACUGGCCAUAUAUAAUGAGAAUAAUGUAAUUUCAAACACAAAUGCAGUCUCCUUUCAUGCAUACAUUUUCAAAUAAAGCUCUGCUUUGAGAAAGAUCGAAUGAUAUUGUUUAAUCUUACCUUAUGGCCUGCACACUGCUUGUGAAGCUGUCGAGGGCACUUUUGAUAAAGACAGCAUCGAUGUCCUUCUUCUGUAGCUUCUGGUACAGAAUGUCGACGUGGGGCAUGAUUUUGUGAAAAAGCCGCAGGAAAAAAAAUAAAAUCUUCAUCAUGCAGCAUCCUCACGUAGCCAGAUGCCUCUCUCACUGUGCCCUGGUCAAAUGAACCCAAUGAACCCGUCCGGAUGGCUUCAAAACAUUCUAUGAGGUCGUCUCGAUUCUCGUAGACAGUGUUCACGACUCUGCUGUUGAAGUUCCACCGUGUGGAUGAAGGUCUGGGCAGUCUUCGUGCAACAGUCUGGUCAAGAAUGCUGGUGCGUUUGGGUGACCGGGAAAAAAAAGUUGUAAUCCCGCUCAGAUCGGAAAAGAAAAUGUUCACUUUUUGAUGCGAGAAGUAGCUUGCUGCAUGAUCAAAUUCAGCUGAUGCGCAUAGCAAUGCACGUAAUGGGCAUUCUUGAAAUGCUCACGCACCUUUUUCUGCACACCAGCCUUCUCUCCCCUCAUCACACUGGCUCCAUCGUAAGCUUGCGCAAUGAGUUUGACUUUCUCGUCAUCGGCAAAAAGACCGUUCAGUCUCUCCAAAAGUACACUGGCGAUUUGAAAGUGCGCUCCUGCACUUUGUGCUUGCUAUCUAUGUACCUCAGCACAAGCACCAACUGUGUCUGUAGAAACGUCCGUGGUCUCGUCAGCUUGGAUAGCUACGAAGUUCGCAGACUUCACCUCCUCCACAAUAUGUUCCCUCGUGACCGCUAGCAUACACUCCAGUAGCUCGUUUUGAAUGGUCUUUGAUGUGCCCUUGAAAACUUUAGCAUUUUUAAGAUGGUCAUCAAACACCUCAUCUAAUUGUGCCACAAAGUUGACAAGUCCAAGAAAAAUACCAGGGUUGGUGGAGCCCUCAGUUUCAUCUUUGCCUCGCAAAGCUAACUCAAACACGCCGCAAAACUUCACACACUGGAUUAGCCGGCUGAGGAUAUGGCGGUUCUUGCUAACCUCAUCGUUGUGGCGGCGGACAGCUAGCCUGUAUCCCUCAUCCAGUUGAGUGGCAAUAUUCACUCUCCCCAAAGCAGAAAUUCUCAAACAGCUAUCCAUGUGGGUCUUUGACAGCUCAUGUUUCUUAAUCUUUUCUGAAAGAUGGUGCAUGUCGGUUACACCAGUCGCUGUCCAAGCGGUGCUGUCUGAAGUGCCGCCUUCAGGGUGAAUGAGUAAGCAGGGGUAGCAGAAAACUGCAUUAGCUACAUCGCAGCCUGCUAGCCAGGUUUUUCGUUCAUACCAAUUUUUGGAAAAUCCUCGGGUGUAGGACUUCCCCCCUUUAGUAGAAACCUGUUGAAUUAUUAAAUUUGGUCUGGGGAGGUCCUAAUUGUUUCGUUGCCAAUUUAUCUUCAUUUGUUCGCCGACAAAAAGGAACUUCUUUCAAAGACACAAUCGAGUUGCACUGAAGCCUAGCCAUGUUGAUAGUAGUAGUGAAUUGAUUGAGGCUGCUACCCUCUCUUUUCUUAGUUACGUUCAUGUGACGAAAGCGCGUAAGUGCAAGCCCUCAGAAACCCAUAGAGAUUGUAUUGAAGGCUCUGAAAUUUGAAAAAAAAUAGAUUUUACAUGGGAGUCUAUGACAGAGGUUCUGGGCGAUUUUCAAUCUGACUGAAAUCGCCCCAAAAGGGGGUGGAGCCAUUUGAAGCACGACUUUAGCCUGAUUCGACAUUUAGUGGCAGUGUGGCACUGUGGCAGAUCAGACGUAUAGAUUACAACACUGAUAACUACUGUUGCCGUGAUAUAAUUGAUUAGAAAAAAAAUCCCUUCCUUUUCCCGUUUGGCAGUGCGUCGCCCAUAUCGCCCUAUUGAACAGGCCGUCCCUGUCCAGAUCUCAACCCCAUAGAAAAUCUUUGGAGGGAGUUGAAAGUCCGUGUUGCCCAGCGACAGCCCCAAAACAUCACUACUCUAGAGGAGAUCUGCAUGGAGGAAUGGGCCAAAAUACCAGCAACAGUGUGUGAAAACCUUGUGAAGACUUACAGAAAACGUUUGACCUGUGUCAUUGCCAUCAAAGGGUAUAUAACAAAGUAUUGAGAAACUUUUGUUAUUGACCAAAUACUUAUUUUCCACCAUAAUUUGCAAAUAAAUUCAUAAAAAAUCCUACAAUGUGAUUUUCUGGAUUUUUUUUCUCAUUUUGUCUGUCAUAGUUGACGUGUACCUAUGAUGAAAAUUACAGGCCUCUCUCAUCUUUUUAAGUGGGAGAACUUGCACAAUUGGUAGCUGACUAAAUACUUUUUUCCCCCACUGUAUAUUCCCCAGACUGCAUUAUAUUGGUUUUCUUUCAAAUGCCUUUGAGGGUUGAGCCUGCCUGGAGUGCCAGAUAAGGUCAAUUAAGAGCAGCUAAAUAAGUACAGUGGGAAGAACAAGUAUUUGAUACAUUUACAUUACAUUUACGUCAUUUAGCAGACGCUCUUAUCCAGAGCGACUUACAGUUAGUGAAUACAUUUUUUUUUUUUUAUACUGGCCCCCCGUGGGAAUCGAACCCACAACCCUGGCGUUGCAAACACCAUGCUCUAUCAACACAAUGUGAUUUUCUGGAUACACUGCCGAUUUUGCAGGUUUUCCUACUUACAAAGCAUGUAGAGGUCUGUAAUUUUUAUCAUAGGUACACUUCAACUGUGAGAGACGGAAUCUAAAACAAAAAUCCAGAAAAUCACAUUGUAUGAUUUUUAAGUAAUUAAUUUGCAUUUUAUUGCAUGACAUAAGUAUUUGAUACAUCAGAAAAGCAGAACUUAAUAUUUGGUACAGAAACCUUUGUUUGCAAUUACAGAGAUCAUACGUUUCCUGUAGAUCUUGACCAGGUUUGCACACACUGCAGCAGGGAUUUUGGCACACUCCUCCAUACAGACCUUCUCCAGAUCCUUCAGGUUUCGGGGCUGUCGCUGGGCAAUAUGGACUUUCAGCUCCCUCCAAAGAUUUUCUAUUGGGUUCAGGUCUGGAGACUGGCUAGGCCACUCCAGGACCUUGAGAUGCUUCUUACAGAGCCACUCCUUAGUUGCCCUGGCUGUGUGUUUCGGGUCGUUGUCAUGCUGGAAGACCCAGCCACGACCCAUCUUCAAUCCUCUUACUAAGGGAAGGAGGUUGUUGGCCAAGAUCUCGCGAUACAUGGCCCCAUCCAUCCUCCCCUCAAUACGGUGCAGUCGUCCUGUCCCCUUUGCAGAAAAGCAUCCCCAAAGAAUGAUGUUUCCACCUCCAUGCUUCACGGUUGGGAUGGUGUUCUUGGGGUUGUACUCAUCCUUCUUCUUCCUCCAAACACGGCGAGUGGAGUUUAGACCAAAAAGCUCUAUUUUUGUCUCAUCAGACCACAUGACGUUCUCCCAUUCCUCCUCUGGAUCAUCCAGAUGGUCAUUGGCAAACUUCAGACGGGCCUGGACAUGCGCUGGCUUGAGCAGGGGGACCUUGCGUGCGCUGCAGGAUUUUAAUCCAUGACGGCGUAGUGUGUUACUAAUGGUUUUCUUUGAGACUGUGGUCCCAGCUCUCUUCAGGUCAUUGACCAGGUCCUGCCGUGUAGUUCUGGGCUGAUCCCUCACCUUCCUCAUGAUCAUUGAUGCCCCACGAGGUGAGAUCUUGCAUGGAGCCCCAGACCGAGGGUGAUUGACCGUCAUCUUGAACUUCUUCCAUUUUCUAAUAAUUGUGCCAACAGUUGUUGCCUUCUCACCAAGCUGCUUGCCUAUUGUCCUGUAGCCCAUCCCAGCCUUGUGCAGGUCUACAAUUUUAUCCCUGAUGUCCUUACACAGCUCUCUGGUCUUGGCCAUUGCGGAAAGGUUGGAGUCUGUUUGAUUGAGUGUGUGGACAGGUGUCUUUUAUACAGGUAACGAGUUCAAACAGGUGCAGUUAAUACAGGUAAUGAGUGGAGAACAGGAGGGCUUCUUAAAGAAAAACUAACAGGUCUGUGAGAGCCGGAAUUCUUACUGGUUGGUAGGUGAUCAAAUACUUAUGUCAUGCAAUAAAAUGCAAAUUAAUUACUUAAAAAUCAUACAAUGUGAUUUUCUGGAUUUUUGUUUUAGAUUCUGUCUCUCAGAGUUGUAGUGUACCUAUGAUAAAAAUUACAGACCUCUACAUGCUUUGUAAGUAGGACAACCUGCAAAAUCGGCAGUGUAUCAAAUACUUGUUCUCUCCACUGUAUGUAGGCAUGCAUUGUAUACGGUGUUGAGACAAUCUUGACUCACUCAUCAACCUCAAUCUAAGCCUUAGGGAGAGUACUAAGCUAACAUAUGGAAUUGUUUUAAAUGGUCAUACAUGAUCAUUUAGCUAUAUGAAUUUGUGGGACCCUUUAGGUAUCAAAAUAUUAAAUUAUUUGAUAAAAUACAUAACUUUGCCUUUACUACUAUAGCCCAUAGAAACGCAUUGAAUGACACCUUUAUAAAUGCAAAGUUUUGAAGUCUGUCCUAUAUCUAGGUAAUGGCUCAAUAAAUGUUUUUUUGGGCACAUAUUUAACCCCUUACAUAUGUUGGCACAACUACCUCCAUACUUCCAUUUGUUUGUAUGGGUUACCUUCAGAGGAGUCUGUGAAACUUGUGGGGGCCAUAGAGCAAAACGGAACCAUGUUCGUGAGUCUCCCCUUUCCAUAGCACGGCUGGCCCUUAAAAGUACACGGAGAGCUGACAUUGAUGACAUGCAUGUCAGUCUCUCCUGUCUCAGAGUGGAAGAGAGAUUGACUUCAUCACUGCUUGUUUAUGUGAGAGGUGUCGACGAGCUGAAUGUACCGAGCUGUCUGUUUGGAACACUGGCACACAGCUCUGACAUCCAUACAUAACCCACAAGACAUGCCACCAGAGGUCUCUUCACAGUCCCCAAAGUCCAGAAUGGACUAUGGGAGGCACACAGUACUACAUAGAGCCAUGACUACAUGGAACUCGAUUCCACAUCAGGUAACUGAUGCAAGCAGUAGAAUCAGAUUUUAAAAAACAGGUAAAAAUACACCUUGUGGAACAGCGGGGACUGUGAAGAGACACACACACAGGUACAUACACACAUGCAUAUAGACGCUCACUCUACACACGUACACAUGGAUGUAGUCCCGUGUAGCUCAGUUGGUAGAGCAUGGCGUUUGCAACGCCAGGGUUGUGGGUUCAAUUCCCACGGGGGGCCAGUAUGAAAAUAUAUGCACUCACUAAAACUGUAAGUUGCUCUGGAUAAGAGUGUCUGCUAAAUGACUAAAAUGUAAAAAAUGUAAUGUUGUAUUGUAAAUAUGUGAUAGUGGAGUAGUGGCCUGAGGGAACACAAUAAAUGUACUGGGUAAAGUGUUAUGAAAUAUAAUGUCUUUUAAAUUGUAUAUAACUGCCUUAAUGUUGCAGGACCCCAGGAAGAGUAGCUGCUACCUUGGCAGCAGCUAAUGGGGAUUCUUAAUAAAUACAAAUGCAAAAUAGUGGUCAUUAUAGUUUGUAGGCCAAACCGUUCAGACGCUACAGAUGUUGUCGUGAGAAGACCAAUUUUUGUGAUGUCACAUGGUCUGACAAACUCUGCUGUAGCUCGUCGACGGCAAAUGCGGAAGGGCGACAUAGGCGGAUGCAGUGGAUUGAGAAGCAGCCCAUGCAAAAACCUGAUAUUUCUAGCUUAAACUGAUGGAUUUUUUUAUGUUACCCAAAUUGAUUCACAUGUGCGUCAACAGAUUUUUAACCUGUAGCUCAUUCCUCCUGCUAGUCCAUUUAUCGCACCACAGGCUCCUAAAGAAUGGAUUCAGUGUACUUGAUCUUUACAAUGCCUGGAACGGUUUAACUUAUCAAUGAACUAAUAUAUUCUGUACAGACUACAGAUCGUCUUAGAACAUGUACAUUUUUCUAAACCAAGUUUUGUUGGUGAAAUCAUCGAACUGCAUAGUAUGAGAAUUCAGACCUUAAAUGGAUCCAUUAAAUUCCAAAGAGGACACCGGUAGUCACUAGCAGGGAGGCUUAGCUAGCAUAAGGUGUCACCUGGGACUUAUUCACAAACAUUGACACAACUUGAUACAUUUGCCUGUUGUAGUCGACUGUCUGUUUGGCCUCAUGGACAUGGAUGAAAUUGUAUAUGCAUUAAAUUGUCUACUUUUAUGUAAGAAGUUAGACUCUGUGUUGAUGGACAAUCUCUAGUCUAGCAUACGUCAACAGACGACUACAGCUUAUAUUUUGUCACAAUCUUACUGUGUCUGCAGCCUUUUUGCACAACACAUUUCUACCUGACCACUGAGGUUGCACCUGCAAAAGCCCCUGGCAGGAACUUCAUUAGCAUUCAUUAAAAGGUGCACUUGGUUAAACUCAAUCAGUGCAAUGGGUAGGUAGAGUUCACUCUUUAAAACCAUCGGAUUGGUCCAUGAUGUGCAAACCCUCCAGCACACCAGCUGAAUGAAAUCAAGCGCACCUAAUCUCAAUUGGGAAGUUGGACCAAUGGAAAUGAUGUUCAGUGGCUGGCAGCUGUACCUAAUUAACCAGCCAGAUUAGAAGGGUCUAGGAUUACUUUAUAAGGCGCAGCAAGAAAAGAUAAUCAGAUAUAAUAAGGGGGAUCUCCUGGUAAGGCUUCUGGCUAUCAUUAGUUCUGAAUACUGUGUUUUUUUGUUUUAGAAAGAAAUGGCUGUGAAUUUUGGUCUGUCUUUGAGGUAAGUUGUAUCGCCCUAGUUUGUUUCCCUUGUCUCUCAGGUUUUACAGGUAGCUGUGUUUAACUGAUUAGGAUGUUUAUUUUUUAUUUAGAAUUACUUGGAUUUGUUGCCUGCUGAUUGUAGGGAUAACCUGUUAUCCUCCACCUAAAGGUGUGUUCAACACAUUCAGUUAAAAUAACAUUAUUUUGUGUAGUUCCAAGAACUUCAAAUGCUGGUAUUUUACUAUUUUUGACAUUUUGUCUCGUUUCCUAGGUGACUAUAGAUAUCUUCCCCAAAUUGCAACAAAGGGAACCGGCUCCUACGCCCCCGCAACAAAGGGAACCGGCUCCUACGCCCCCGCAACAAAGGGAACCGGCUCCUACGCCCCCGCAACAAAGGGAACCGGCUCCUACGCCCCCGCAACAAAGGGAACCGGCUCCUACGCCCCCGCAACAAAGGGAACCGGCUCCUACGCCCCCGCAACAAAGGGAACCGGCCCCAACGCCCCCGCAGCAACGGAAGCACCCGGCCCCCAACGCCCCCGCAGCAACGGAAGCACCCGGCCCCAACGCCCCCGCAGCAACGGAAGCACCCGGCCCCAACGCCCCCGCAGCAACGGAAGCACCCGGCCCCAACGCCCCCGCAGCAACGGAAGCACCCGGGCCCCAACGGGGGCCCCCGCAGCAACGGAAGCACCCGGCCCACGCCCCCGCAGGGCAACGGAAGCACACGGCCCCAACGCCCCCGCAGCAACGGAAGCACCCGGCCCCAACGCCCCGCAGCAACGGAAGCACCCGGCCCCCAACGCCCCGCCAGCAACGGAAGCACCCGGCCCCAACGCCCCCGCAGAGCAACGGAAGCACCCGGCCCCAACGCCCCGCCAGCAACGGAAGCACCCCGGCCCCACGCAACGGAAGCACCCGGCCCCACGCAACGGAAGCACCCGGCCCCAACGCAACGGGGAAACACCCGGCCCCACGCAACGGAAGCACCGGCCCCACGCAACGGAAGCACCCGGCCCCAACGCAACGGAAGCACCCGGCCCCAACGCAACGGAAGCACCCGGCCCCAACGCAACGAGCACCCGGCCCCAACGCAACGGAAGCACCCGGCCCCAACGCAACGGAAGCACCCGGCCCCAACGCAACGGAAGCACCCGGCCCCAACGCAACGGAAGCACCCGGCCCCAACGCAACGGAAGCACCCGGCCCCAACGCAACGGAAGCACCCGGCCCCGCAGCAACGGAAGCACCCGGCCCCGCAGCAACGGAAGCACCCGGCCCCGCAGCAACGGAAGCACCCGGCCCCGCAGCAACGGAAGCACCCGGCCCCUCAGCAACGGAAGCACCCGGCCCCUCAGCAACGGAAGCACCCGGCCCCUCAGCAACGGAAGCACCCGGCCCCUCAGCAACGGAAGCACCCGGCCCCUCAGCAACGGAAGCACCCGGCCCCUCAGCAACGGAAGCACCCGGCCCCUCAGCAACGGAGGCACCCGGCCCCUCAGCAACGGAGGCACCCGGCCCCUCAGCAACGGAGGCACCCGGCCCCUCAGCAACGGAGGCACCCGGCCCCUCAGCAACGGAGGCACCCGGCCCCUCAGCAACGGAGGCACCCGCCCCAACGCCCCCUCAGCAACAGGAGGCACCCGGCCCCAACGCCCCCUCAGCAACAGGGGCACCCGGCCCCAACGCCCCCUCAGCAACAGGGCACCCGGCCCCAACGCCCCCUCAGCAACAGGGGCACCCGGCCCCAACGCCCCCUCAGCAACAGGGGCACCCGGCCCCAACGCCCCCUCAGCAACAGGGGCACCCGGCCCCUCAGCAACAGAAGCACCCGGCCCCUCAGCAACAGAAGCACCCGGCCCCUCAGCAACAGAAGCACCCGGCCCCUCAGCAACAGGGGUACCCGGCCCCAACGCCCCCUCAGCAACAGGGGCACCCGGCCCCAACGCCCCCUCAGCAACAGGGGCACCCGGCCCCAACACCCCCUCAGCAACAGAGGCGCCCGGCCCCUCAGCAACGACUGACCCAAAUACCUUAGGUGAAGCGACAGGCGCCCUUGCCUCGGCAGAAGCGACAGGCGCCCUUGCCUCGGCAGAAGCGACAGGCGCCCUUGCCUCGGCAGAAGCGACAGGCGCCCUUGCCUCGGCAGAAGCGACAGGCGCCCUUGCCUCGGCAGAAGCGACAGGCGCCCUUGCCUCGGCAGAAGCGACAGGCGCCCUUGCCUCGGCAGAAGCGACAGGCGCCCUUGCCUCGGCAGAAGCGACAGGCGCCCUUGCCUCGGCAGAAGCGACAGGCGCCCUUGCCUCGGCAGAAGCGACAGGCGCCCUUGCCUCGGCAGAAGCGACAGGCGCCCUUGCCUCGGCAGAAGCGACAGGCGCCCUUGCCUCGGCAGAAGCGACAGGCGCCCUUGCCUCGGCAGAAGCGACAGGCGCCCUUGCCUCGGCAGAAGCGACAGGCGCCCUUGCCUCGGCAGAAGCGACAGGCCUUGAACAGGAGGGCCAACUUCUCAAGCAACUUGGAUUUUAGCAGCAGUGAUGGUUCUCAGGAUGUUGGGUCCGAUGUCGGUGACAAUGAAAGCACUCAAGAUGUCAGCUCCAGUAGCACUCAAGGCAGCAUCGUUGAACAGUCUGUUCUCAUUCCAAUCUAGUUACAAAUCGAUUUAUGAGAAUGGCAAAACUGUCUUCUCCCAAACCUGCUACACCCCUGGGGAGGUUAUACCUUUUGGAUUGCAGAGAUGCUCCCAAGGACUGUAGUGAUGUUGGCAUCUCUGAACCAAGCAUAUCCCCACCUGCUAAACUCUCAACCUGCUAAAAGGAACCCCACCACAAGGAAAGGCUCCUGGGAUGCAAUGUACAACUUUUACAGUCAUCUGAACUUUGUUUCUGAUUUUGUAGUCCUUUUGUACUAAUUAUCUAUCAACAGAAUUCUAAUGGUGGAUUCAUCCUUUGGCUGCUCCAAUGGUAGUACUUGAUUUAAAUAACCGGAAAUGAUGACAAUUCUGAGUUGUUGCUGACGCUUCCUUUUGUUCCAUUGUAUGCGUUUGAUUCGGCCAGGGAGUUCCUCCUGCAUUACUUGAACAAUAAAAUAUUUUAAAUUCAGAAGUGCCUACUUGUGUUUGAAAUACUGAGUUCUUUAAUGUCUACCUUUGGCUUGCUGCUCGCGAACAGUGUUGGUUGCCAGGGGAGUUUGUAGGAACUGAACCACAUUCCCUUUCACUAAUCAUUUGAUUUUGUUAAAUUCCAAGAUUGGCUCUACAUUAGAGCCACAGACCACGUUUACAUGCACACUAAUAUCCCGUUAUUAUUUGGGAUACUGACUUAUUCGGUUGACGCAUAUAAACACAUCCCGUUUACAAUAACCUGAAAAAGCUUAUCCCGGUUAUCAGAAACCUGGACGAGAUGCCUGCAAUAUGCUGAUCGAUGACGGGGAUACUGUGGCGUGUAAAAAUCUUAUCCCGUUUUCUGCGGUCUGUGCAGGCUCCGUUUCGCAUAUCAUGGGUGCUGUGUUCAUCUGUCAAACAAAUCACGUCAAAGUAGGCUGCCUGGGCAUUUCAAUCCACAAUGUAGCCUAUUGAAUAAUGGCUACUUUCACCCCUAAUAUAGACAAGCUUCUGCUUAUUUCUGACAUUAGGUAGGCCAUUUGUCUACUCUGGUUUAAUAGAUGCAGCUUCCUGUCAUUACGUGUUGCCCCAGAAGACUAAAGUAUUGCUCACUUGACGUUUUACAUUGAGAGAAUUAAUGCAUUAGUAAUCAAAUACUGUUAAAAUGAUAUUUAGAGACCAGGUAGAACGCUGUAACUCCAACCGUGGAAAUGAGAAGCUGAGAAUGGGAACUUCAGUUUGUCUUGGGUGCUUAUUUUAUGUGGUUGAAAUGCUGUCUGCUUGCGAAAGAGUCAAGGAUAACACAUUACACAUGCAUUCGCAUUUUCCCAGAGAUGCUGAUAUAAAUAUUUAUCCACUCGUGUUCUCAAGACAAUUUAAAGUUACAUUUGUAUAAUUUCACUGCAAGAAAACCAUAAUUCUGCAGAAGUUAAUAUUACAUGUGAGGUUAUAGGCAUGCAGUCAGUGUCCAUAUUUCAGAUACUAUUCCAUUUAACCCAUACACGUAAAUGAGGAAUAUUCUGUUCAUUCAUGAAUACAGGGUGUUGCAUCCUAAGAUGCUGGGUCCUUUUACUGAAGACUCCGAAGCAUACUUACUGUAUAAUAAACAGAACAGAUUGAUUUAAUGUUCUCCUUAACACAUUCCAGUCGACCACUCUCUACAGUGUCUUCAGCCCAGCUCCCCAACACAUCAUUGAACUUUCACCGCCCUUGCAUCACCUAAUCCAAUCACUUCAAUGCAAGAAUGGAAAGCCCAUUGUCAUUUGUUAAUUCAAAUAACUCAACCCCUGCAUACAAAUCCCAUUGACUAUUUGCAACCAUUUAAAAUCUAAACUCAUUAACACAUAAUACAUUUCUCAAUACACCACACAUUUCUCAAUUUCCCACUUCCUCUGAAAACAUCAUGGGUUUUCCAAAACAGUUUUUUCACUUAUCACCUCAUAUACAACCUGUUUACAGAUCCAACUGGUCCGAAGGCCUUCUGACCCUUUAUGGCCUCUCAUGACGCUCUGGACCCUCAGGCUCACGGCCUGGCACAAUCUGUGUCUCUGUAUGCGUGCCCAUCACAGUCGUAGUGUCCAAGUCCCAAUCAGAGAUGUUCCACUCUGACACAUUCAGGUCUUCUCUUUCAUUGUGUUGCAUCAUCAAGUAGGUUACAGGACCAAGUACCCUUUUCACAACCCUGUGUACCCAUUUCUCUCUGUCUCCUCCCCGGUAAUCUCAGACAAGUACUGUUUGUUCCAACUGAAAAUCAUCCUGUAUUUUAGACUGCAUGUCAGCUGAAAAUCUGGGUUUAACCAGUGAUAACCUUGUUCUAACGUGUCUUUUUAGGAACAACUCAGCUUGGAGUUUUUUCCAGUUGUGGCAUGUGGCGUAUUCCUGUAGGCAAACAUAAAGUUGUCCACACUAUGCUGUACAGACCGUCCUGAUGACUUGUCCUUCUCUAGAGCCUGUGUAGAUUCUGUACAAGUCGCUCUGCUGCGCCAUUUGAAGCUGCAUGAUACGGAGCCGACUUUUUAAAAAUAUUUAAAAAACAUUUUUAGUCAUUUAGCAGACGCUCUUAUCCAGAGCGACUUACAGUUAGUGAGUGCUACAUUUUCAUACUGCCCCCCGUGGGAAACGAACCCACAACCCACUUGAUGUGUUUCACCCCCAUUCAACUAGAAGAAUGUCUCCAUCUCUUUUGACACCAGCUGUGGCCCAUGUCUGAAACACACUCCUCAACUAACCCGUAGGCUGAGAACAUUCCCCGGAGUGUCUCUACCGUGGCUGUAGCUGAAGUAAUGUAUUUCAUACUCAUAUGCAGCUAGUAUUAACGCCCACCCUGAGUCUGGAUCUGCUGGAGCUGGAACCCUUUUUUGGUCCUAUAUUUUCACAAGAGGCUGAUGUCUGUCAGCAGAUCCUGGAAAUACCAUCCAUGCCUCGGCAGAAAGCGACAGGCGCCUUGCCUCGGCAGAAGCGACAGGCGCCCUUGCCUCGGCAGAAGCGACAGGCGCCUUGCCUCGGCGAGCGACAGCGCCUUGCCUCGCAGAAGCGACAGGCGCCCUUGCCUCGGCAAGCGACAGGCGCCCUUGCCUCGGCAGAAGCGACAGGCGCCCUUGCCUCGGCAGAAGAAGCGGAAACAGGCCUUGAACAGGAGGGCCAACUUCUCAAGCAACUUGGAUUUUAGCAGCAGUGAUGGUUCUCAGGAUGUUGGGUCCGAUGUCGGUGACAAUGAAAGCACUCAAGAUGUCAGCUCCAGUAGCACUCAAGGCAGCAUCGUUGAACAGUCUGUUCUCAUUCCAAUCUAGUUACAAAUCGAUUUAUGAGAAUGGCAAAAACUGCUUCUCCCAAACCUGCUACACCCUGGGGAGGUUAUACCUUUUGGAUUGCAGAGAUGCUCCAAGACUGUAGUGAUGUUGGCAUCUCUGAACCAAGCAUAUCCCCACCUGCUAACUCUCAACCUGCUAAAAGGAACCCCACCACAAGGAAAGGCUCCUGGAUGCAAUGUACAACUUUUACAGUCAUCUGAACUUUGUUUCUGAUUUUGUAGUCCUUUGUACUAAUUAUCUAUCAACAGAAUUCUAAUGGUGGAUUCAUCCUUUGGCUGCUCCAAUGGUAGUACUUGAUUUAAAUAACCGGAAAUGAUGACAAUUCUGAGUUGUUGCUGACGCUUCCUUUUGUUCCAUUGUAUGCGUUUGAUUCGGCCAGGGAGUUCCUCCUGCAUUACUUGAACAAUAAAAUAUUUUAAAUUCAGAAGUGCCUACUUGUGUUUGAAAUACUGAGUUCUUUAAUGUCUACCUUUGGCUUGCUGCUCGCGAACAGUGUUGGUUGCCAGGGGAGUUUGUAGGAACUGAACCACAUUCCCUUUCACUAAUCAUUUGAUUUUGUUAAAUUCCAAGAUUGGCUCUACAUUAGAGCCACAGACCACGUUUACAUGCACACUAAUAUCCCGUUAUUAUUUGGGAUACUGACUUAUUCGGUUGACGCAUAUAAACACAUCCCGUUUACAAUAACCUGAAAAAGCUUAUCCCGGUUAUCAGAAACCUGGACGAGAUGCCUGCAAUAUGCUGAUCUGUGGCGUGUAAAAAUCUUAUCCCGUUUCUGCGGUCUGUGCAGGCUCCGUUUCGCAUAUCAUGGGUGCUGUGUUCAUCUGUCAAACAAAUCACGUCAAAGUAGGCUGCCUGGGCAUUUCAAUCCACAAUGUAGCCUAUUGAAUAAUGGCUACUUUCACCCCUAAUAUAGACAAGCUUCUGCUUAUUUCUGACAUUAGGUAGGCCAUUUGUCUACUCUGGUUUAAUAGAUGCAGCUUCCUGUCAUUACGUGUUGCCCCAGAAGACUAAAGUAUUGCUCACUUGACGUUUUACAUUGAGAGAAUUAAUGCAUUAGUAAUCAAAUACUGUUAAAAUGAUAUUUAGAGACCAGGUAGAACGCUGUAACUCCAACCGUGGAAAUGAGAAGCUGAGAAUGGGAACUUCAGUUUGUCUUGGGUGCUUAUUUUAUGUGGUUGAAAUGCUGUCUGCUUGCGAAAGAGUCAAGGAUAACACAUUACACAUGCAUUCGCAUUUUCCCAGAGAUGCUGAUAUAAAUAUUUAUCCACUCGUGUUCUCAAGACAAUUUAAAGUUACAUUUGUAUAAUUUCACUGCAAGAAAACCAUAAUUCUGCAGAAGUUAAUAUUACAUGUGAGGUUAUAGGCAUGCAGUCAGUGUCCAUAUUUCAGAUACUAUUCCAUUUAACCCAUACACGUAAAUGAGGAAUAUUCUGUUCAUUCAUGAAUACAGGGUGUUGCAUCCUAAGAUGCUGGGUCCUUUUACUGAAGACUCCGAAGCAUACUUACUGUAUAAUAAACAGAACAGAUUGAUUUAAUGUUCUCCUUAACACAUUCCAGUCGACCACUCUCUACAGUGUCUUCAGCCCAGCUCCCCAACACAUCAUUGAACUUUCACCGCCCUUGCAUCACCUAAUCCAAUCACUUCAAUGCAAGAAUGGAAAGCCCAUUGUCAUUUGUUAAUUCAAAUAACUCAACCCCUGCAUACAAAUCCCAUUGACUAUUUGCAACCAUUUAAAAUCUAAACUCAUUAACACAUAAUACAUUUCUCAAUACACCACACAUUUCUCAAUUUCCCACUUCCUCUGAAAACAUCAUGGGUUUUCCAAAACAGUUUUUCACUUAUCACCUCAUAUACAACCUGUUUACAGAUCCAACUGGUCCGAAGGCCUUCUGACCCUUUAUGGCCUCUCAUGACGCUCUGGACCCUCAGGCUCACGGCCUGGCACAAUCUGUGUCUCUGUAUGCGUGCCCAUCACAGUCGUAGUGUCCAAGUCCCAAUCAGAGAUGUUCCACUCUGACACAUUCAGGUCUUCUCUUUCAUUGUGUUGCAUCAUCAAGUAGGUUACAGGACCAAGUACCCUUUUCACAACCCUGUGUACCCAUUUCUCUCUGUCUCCUCCCCGGUAAUCUCAGACAAGUACUGUUUGUUCCAACUGAAAAUCAUCCUGUAUUUUAGACUGCAUGUCAGCUGAAAAUCUGGGUUUAACCAGUGAUAACCUUGUUCUACGUGUCUUUUUAGGAACAACUCAGCUGGAGUUUUUCCAGUUGUGGCAUGUGGCGUAUUCCUGUAGGCAAACAUAAAGUUGUCCACACUAUGCUGUACAGACCGUCCUGAUGACUUGUCCUUCUCUAGAGCCUGUUGUAGAUUCUGUACAAGUCGCUCUGCUGCGCCAUUUGAAGCUGCAUGAUACGGAGCCGACUUUUUAAAAAUAUUUAAAAAAACAUUUUUAGUCAUUUAGCAGACGCUCUUAUCCAGAGCGACUUACAGUUAGUGAGUGCAUACAUUUUCAUACUGCCCCCCGUGGGAAACGAACCCACAACCCACUUGAUGUGUUUCACCCCAUUCAACUAGAAGAAUGUCUCCAUCUCUUUUGACACCAGCUGUGGCCCAUUGUCUGAAACACACUCCUCAACUAACCCGUAGGCUGAGAACAUUCCCCGGAGUGUCUCUACCGUGGCUGUAGCUGAAGUAUUGUAUUUCAUACUCAUAUGCAGCUAGUAUUAACGCCCACCUCUGGAGUCUGGAUUCUGCUGGAGCUGGAACUCCUGUUUUUGGUCCUAGUAUUUUCACAAGAGGCUGAUGGUCUGUCAGCAAUGUAAACUUACCACCAUAUAGGUAGUCAUGGAACUUCAUUACCCCAAAUAUGAUCCCUAUGGCCACCUUCUCCAUUUGGGCUUACUUCACCUCUGUCUUAGUGAGUGUGCGUGAAGCACAUGCAAUAGGCCUCUCACUACCGUCAGGCAUUGUAUGUGAAAUGACAGCACCCACCCCAUAAGUUGAGGCAUCACAAGCCAAUAUUACUGGCAUGUGAGGGUCGUAGUGCACUAACACUGAGGAGGAAGACAGCUGCGUCUUCGUUGUUUCAAAUGCCUGCUGACAUUGUUCUGACCACACCCAAGGUCUAUCUUUCUGUAAGAGGUCUGACAUAGGUUUGAUGAGAGUAGAGAGAUUCUCCAUGAACUUGCCAUAGUAGGUAAGUAAAGCCAGAUAUGCUCUGAGCUCUGUCACAUUCAUUGGCACUGGAGCCUUUGCUAUGGCUUCAGUCUUGUCCUGCACUGUAUGUAGCCCCUGUUCGUCUAUCCUGUGACCUAAGUAAGUGACACUAGACUGAAAAAAUGCACACUUGUCACUGCUUACUCUUAACCCACGCUCUUGCAGCCUCUGUAACACUGCUUCUACGUUCUGUAAGUGGUCCUGUGCCGAUUUCCCUGUGAUAAGAAUGUCAUCCAGAAAGCACACAACCCCAGGUAAACCCUGUAAGACCCGGUCCAUAAUAUGUUGGAAUAUAGCUGGAGCGCUUGAUACUCCAUAAGGCAGUCUAUUCAUCUGGUAUAAACCCUUCAGCGUGUUUAUAGUAAGGAAAUGCUUUGACUCUUGAUCUACAAUGGCUUGCGAAAGUAUUCACCCCCCUUGGCAUUUUUCCUAUUUUGUUGCCUUACAACCUGGAAUUAAAAUGGAUUUUUGUGGGGUUUGUAUCAUUUGAUUUACACAACAUGCCUACCACUUUGAACAUGCAAAAUAUUUUUUAUUGUGAAACAAACAAGAAAUAAGACAAAAAAACUGAAAACUUGAGCGUGCAUAACUAUUAAUCCCCCCAAAGUCAAUACUUUGUAGAGCCACCUUUUGCAGCAAUUACAGCUGCAAGUCUCUUGUGGUAUGUCUCUAUAAGCUUGGCACAUCUAGCCACUGGGAUUUUUGCCCAUUCUUCAAGGCAAAACUGCUCCAGCUCCUUCAAGUUGGAUGGGUUCUGCUGGUGUACAGCAAUCUUUAAGUCAUACCACAGAUUCUCAAUUGGAUUGACGUCUGGGCUUUGACUAGGCCAUUCCAAGACAUUGAAAUGUUUCCCGUUAAACCACUCGAGUGUUGUUCUAACAGUAUACUUAUGAUCAUUGUCCUGCUGGAAGGUGAACCUCCGUCCCAGUCUCAAAUCUCUGGAAGACUGAAACAGGUUUCCCUCAAGAAUUUCCCUGUAUUCAUUCCUUCAAUUCUGACCAGUUUCCCAGUCCCUGCCGAUGAAAAACAUCCCCACAGCAUGAUGCUGCCACCACCAUGCUUCACUGUGGGGAUGGUGUUCUCGGAGUGAUGAGAGGUGUUGGGUUUGUGCCAGACAUAGCGUUUUCCUUGAUGGCCAAAAAGCUCAAUUCAGCUAGUCUCAUCUGACCAGAGUACCUUCUUCCAUAUGUUUGGGGAGUUUCCCACAUGCCUUUUGGCGAACACCAAACGUGUUUGCUUAUUUUUUUCUUUAAGCAGUGGCUUUUUUCUGGUCACUCUUCCGUAAAGCCCAGCUCUGUGGAGUGUACGGCUUAAAGUGGUCCUAUGGACAGAUACUCCAAUCUCCGCUGUGGAGCUUUGCAGCUCCUUCCGGGUUAUCUUUGGGUUUUAUUGUUGCCUCUGAUUAAUGCCCUCCUUGCCUGGUCCAUGAGUUUUGGUGGGCGGCCCUCUCUUGGCAGGUUUCUUGUGAUGCCAUAUUCUUUCCAUUUUUUAAUAAUGGAUUUAAUGGUGCUCCAUGGGAUGUUCAAAGUUUCGGAUAUUUUUUUAUAACCCAACCCUGAUCUGUACUUCUCCACAACUUUGUCCCUGACCUCUUUGGAGAGCUCCUUGGUCUUCAUGGUGCCGCUUGCUUGGUGGUGCCCCUUACUUAGUGGUGUUGCAGACUUUCAGAACAGGUGUAUACAGUGGGGAGAACAAGUAUUUGAUACACUGCCGAUUUUGCAGGUUUUCCUACUUACAAAGCAUGUAGAGGUCUGUAAUUUUUAUCAUAGGUACACUUCAACUGUGAGAGACGGAAUCUAAAACAAAAAUCCAGAAAAUCACAUUGUAUGAUUUUUAAGUAAUUCAUUUGCAUUUUAUUGCAUGACAUAAGUAUUUGAUACAUCAGAAAAGCAGAACUUAAUAUUUGGUACACUGCAGCAGGGAUUUUGGCCCACUCCUCCAUACAGACCUUCUCCAGAUCCUUCAGGUUUCGGGGCUGUCGCUGGGCAAUACGGACUUUCAGCUCCCUCCAAAGAUGUUCUAUUGGGUUCAGGUCUGGAGACUGGCUAGGCCACUCCAGGACCUUGAGAUUAUUCUUACGGAGCCACUCCUUAGUUGCCCUGGCUGUGUGUUUCGGGUCGUUGUCAUGCUGGAAGACCCAGCCACGACCCAUCUUCAAUGCUCUUACUGAGGGAAGGAGGUUGUUGGCCAAGAUCUCGCGAUACAUGGCCCCAUCCAUCCUCCCCUCAAUACGGUGCAGUCGUCCUGUCCCCUUUGCAGAAAAGCAUCCCCAAAGAAUGAUGUUUCCACCUCCAUGCUUCACGGUUGGGAUGGUGUUCUUGGGGUUGUACUCAUCCUUCUUCUUCCUCCAAACACGGCGAGUGGAGUUUUGACCAAAAAGCUCUAUUUUUGUCUCAUCAGACCACAUGACGUUCUCCCAUUCCUCCUCUGGAUCAUCCAGAUGGUCAUUGGCAAACUUCAGACGGGCCUGGACAUGCGCUGGCUUGAGCAGGGAUUUUAAUCCAUGACAGCGUAGUGUGUUACUAAUGGUUUUCUUUGAGACUGUGGUCCCAGCUCUCUUCAGGUCAUUGACCAGGUCCUGCCGUGUAGUUCUGGGCUGAUCCCUCACCUUCCUCAUGAUCAUUGAUGCCCCACGAGGUGAGAUCUUGCAUGGAGCCCCAGACCGAGGGUGAUUGACCGUCAUCUUGAACUUCUUCCAUUUUCUAAUAAUUGCGCCAACAGUUGUUGCCUUUUCACCAAGCUGCUUGUCUAUUGUCCUGUAGCCCAUCCCAGCCUUGUGCAGGUCUACAAUUUUAUCCCUGGUGUCCUUACACAGCUCUCUGGUCUUGGCCAUUGUGGAGAGGUUGGAGUCUGUUUGAUUGAGUGUGUGGACAGGUGUCUUUUAUACAGGUAACGAGUUCAAACAGGUGCAGUUAAUACAGGUAAUGAGUGGAGAACAGGAGGGCUUCUUAAAGAAAAACUAACAGGUCUGUGAGAGCCGGAAUUCUUACUGGUUGGUAGGUGAUCAAAUACUUAUGUCAUGCAAUAAAAUGCAAAUUAAUUACUUAAAAAUCAUACAAUGUGAUUUUCUGGAUUUUUGUUUUAGAUUCCGUCUCUCACAGUUGAAGUGUACCUAUGAUAAAAAUUACAGACCUCUACAUGCUUUGUAAGUAGGAAAACCUGCAAAAUCGGCAGUGUAUCAAAUACUUGUUCUCCCCACUGUAUAUACUGAGAUCCUGUGACACUUAAAGUACACCUGUGUGCAAUCUAUUUAACUAAUUAUGUGACUUCUGAAGGUAAUUGGUUGCACCAGAUCUUAUUUAGGGGCUUCAUAGCAAAGGGGCUGAAUACAUAUGCACGCACCACUUUUCCGUUAUUUAUUUUUUAGAUUUUUUAAAAAUAAGUAUUUUUAUUUAUUUCACUUCACCAAUUUUGACUAUUUUGUGUAUGUCCAUUACAUGAAAUCCAAAUAAAAAUCAUUUAAAUUACAGGUUGUAAUGCAACAACAUAGGAAAAAUGCCAAGGGGGUUUAAUACUUUUGCAAGGCACUGUACCUCCACUUGCUGGUAGGCCUGUAAUAGGUCUAACUUUGUGAACUGUUUACCCCCGGCUAGAGUAGCAAACAAGUCCUGGGUCUUUGGUAAGGGGUACAGGUCCACAUCCACCCAUGCAUUUACAGUCACCUUGUAAUCAUGACAUAUUCUGACACCCCUGUUUGUCUUUGGAACGCAAACUAUAGGUGCUGCCCAUUCACUAUAUUCUAUGGGUGUGAUCACUCCUUGUUUUUCUAGCUCUGUAAGCUGUUUGUCUACUGCCUCACUGAGUGCAUAAGGCACAGGUCUAGCCAUACAAAACUUUGGAACAGCUUUCUCUGACACUUGAAUUUUGGCUUUAACUCCAUUUACUACACCCAUUUCACAUUUAUCACACAGCUGUGCAACUGGGUCUGACAGAUGGUUCACUCUUGACCAAUCUAAUUUUAGGUGCUGAAUCCAGUUUCUCCCCAUUAGCGUAGGACCCUUCCCUUUUGACACUAAUAGGGGUAGUGGUAACACCUGAGCACCCCAUUUCACUUUAACCUCCAGCUUUCCCAAAAACAUUUACAUUUUAGUCAUUUAGCAGACGCUCUUAUCCAGAGCGACUUACAGUUAGUGAAUACAUAUUUUUUUAUACUGGCCCCCCGUGGGAAUCGAACCCACAACCCUGGCGUUGCAAACGCCAUGCUCUAUCAACUGAGCUACAUCCCUGAGCUACAUCCCUGAGCUACAACUGAGCUACAUCCCUCUAUCAACUGAGCUACAAAACAACAUCACAUGGUUGCAGUUUAUGCUUCUUAAAUCUGCUGCUGUACAGCUUCUCUGAGAUAAUAGACAUGGCAGCCCCAGUAUCUACGUCCAUCUUUAUAUUUUCCCUAUUACAUCUCACCAUGACCAUAUAUGGUUUCACAAACUCACGAUCACUACACACAGUAAAAAGUCCCAAGUCCUUUUCUGACUGGUAAUUUCCGACUGUACUGGACCCUGCAGGCAAUAGCAGAUGUUAAAAUCUCCCCCUAUGCCGCGCUUAACAUCUUGCCCUACAGCUCCUUACUGGCAACUCCAUAAACUAGCUGAUCCCUCAGCUGCUCCUCUAGUGCAGCCCCAAACACACAUGUAGCCGCCAGUCCCUUUAGCGAUGCUAUAUACUCAGCUAACGUCUCUCCCGCCAAUUGUUUCCUAUUCCGAAAAACAUACCUCACGUAAUACAUUUCUCAAUACACCACACAGGGAUACUCAUGAACAGGAUAUCAACUCCAUAUUAAUGCCCAUAAUUUUGAAAAAUGUACGCAGGUGUCCACAUAGUUUUGGUCAUGUAGUGCACUUUAGAUGUAGUUAUAUGUAGGCAUGCAUUGUAUACGGUGUUGAGACAAUCUUGACUUACUCAUCAACCUCAAUCUAAGCCUUAGGGAGAGUACUAAGUAAAACAUAUGGAAUUGUUUUAAAUGGUCAUACAUGAUCAUUUAGCUAUAUGAAUUUGUAGGACCCUUUAGGUAUCAAAAUAUUAAAUUAUUUGAUAAAAUACAUACCUUUGCCUUUACUACUAUAGCCCAUAGAAACGCAUUGAAUGACACCUUUAUAAAUGCAAAGUUUUGAAGUCUGUCCUAUAUCUAGGUAAUGGCUCAAUAAAUGUUUUUUUGGGCACAUCUUUAACCCCUUACAUAUGUUGGCACAACUACCUCCAUACUUCCAUUUGUUUGUAUGGGUUACCUUCAGAGGAAUCUGUGAAGUUGUGGGGGCCAUAGAGCAAAACGGAACCAUGUUCGUGAGUCUCCCCUUUCCAUAGCACGGCUGGCCCUUAAAAGUACACGGAGAGCUGACAUUGAUGACAUGCAUGUCAGUCUCUCCUGUCUCAGAGUGGAAGAGAGAUUGACUUCAUCACUGCUUGUUUAUGUGAGAGGUGUCGACGAGCUGAAUGUACCGAGCUGUCUGUUUGGAACACUGGCACACAGCUCUGACAUCCAUACAUAACCCACAAGACAUGACACCAGAGGUCUCUUCACAGUCCCCAAGUCCAGAAUGGACUAUGGGAGGCGCACAGUACUACAUAGAGCCAUGACUACAUGGAACUCGAUUCCACAUCAGGUAACUGAUGCAAGCAGUAGAAUCAGAUUUUACAAAACAGGUAAAAAUACACCUUGUGGAACAGCGGGGACUGUGAAGAGACACACACACAGGUACAUACACACAUGCAUAUAGACGCUCACUCUACACACGUACACAUGGAUGUAGUCCCGUGUAGCUCAGUUGGUAGAGCAUGGCGUUUGCAACGCCAGGGUUGUGGGUUUGAUUCCCACGGGGGGCCAGUAUGAAAAUAUAUGCACUCACUAAAACUGUAAGUGCUCUGGAUAAGAGCGUCUGCUAAAUGUCUCAAAUGUAAUGUAAAAAUGUAAUGUUGUAUUGUAAAUAUGUGAUAGUGGAGUAGUGGCCUGAGGGAACACAAUAAAUGUACUGGGUAAAGUGUUAUGAAAUAUAAUGUGUUUUAAAUUGUAUAUAACUGCCUUAAUGUUGCAGGACCCCAGGAAGAGUAGCUGCUACCUUGGCAGCAUUUAAUAGGCCAAACCGUUCAGACGCUACAGAUGUUGUCGUGAGAAGACCAAUUUUUGUGAUGUCACAUGGUCUGACAAACUCUGCUGUAGCUCGGCCCCCAUCCACCGCAAAUGCGGAAGGGCGACAUAGGCGGAUGCAGUGGAUUGAGAAGCAGUCCAUGCAAAAACCUGAUAUUUCUAGCUUAAACUGAUGGAUUUUUUUAUGUUACCCAAAUUGAUUCACAUGUGCGUCAACAGAUUUUUAACCUGUAGCUCAUUCCUCCUGCUAGUCCGUUUAUCGCACCACAGGCUCCUAAAGAAUGGAUUCAGUGUACUUGAUCUUUACAAUGCCUGGAACGGUUUAACUUAUCAAUGAACUAAUAUAUUCUGUACAGACUACAGAUCGUCUUAGAACAUGUACACUUUUCUAAACCAAGUAUUGUUGGUGAAAUCAUCGAACUGCAUAGUAUGAGAAUUCAGACCUUAAAUGGAUCCAUUAAGAUCCAAAGAGAAUGCCAGUAGGCACUAGCAGGGAAGCUCAGCUAGCAUAAGGUGUCACCUGGGACUUAUUCACAAACAUUGACACAACUAAGACACAUUUGCCUGUUGUAGUCGACUGUCUGUUUGGCCUCAUGGACAUGGAUGAAAUUGAAUAUGCAUUCAAUUGUCUACUUUUAUGUAAGAAGUUAGACUCUGUGUUGAUGGACAAUCUCUAGUCUAGCAUACGUCAACAGACGACUACAGUUUAUAUUUUGUCACAAUCUUACUGUGUCUGCAGCCUUUUUGCACAACACAUUUCUACCUGACCACUGAGGUUGCACCUGCAAAAGCCCCUGGCAGGAACUUCAUUAGCAUUCAUUAAAAGGUGCACUUGGUUAAACUCAACCAGUGCAAUGGGUAGGUAGAGUUCACUCUUUAAAACCAUCGGAUUGGUCCAUGAUGUGCAAACCCUCCAGCACACCAGCUGAAUGAAAUCAAGCGCACCUAAUCUCAAUUGGGAAGUUGGACCAAUGGAAAUGAUGUUCAGUGGCUGGCAGCUGUACCUAAUUAACCAGCCAGAUUAGAAGGGUCUAGGAUUACUUUAUAAGGCGCAGCAAGAAAAGAUAAUCAGAUAUAAUAAGGGGGAUCUCCUGGUAAGGCUUCUGGCUAUCAUUAGUUCUGAAUACUGUGUUUUUUUGUUUUAGAAAAAAAUGGCUGUGAAUUUUGGUCUGUCUUUGAGGUAAGUUGUAUCGCCCUAGUUUGUUUCCCUUGUCUCUCAGGUUUUACAGGUAGCUGUUUUUAACUGAUUAGGAUGUUUAUUUUUUAUUUAGAAUUACUUGGAUUUGUUGCCUGCUGAUUGUUGGGAUAACCUGUUAUCCUCCACCUAAAGGUGUGUUCAACACAUUCAGUUAAAAUAACAUUAUUUUGUGUAGUUCCAAGAACUUCAAAUGCUGGUAUUUUACUAUUUUUGACAUUUUGUCUCGUUUCCUAGGUGACCAUAGAUAUCUUCCCCAAAUUGCAACAAAGGGAACCGGCUCCUACGCCCCCGCAACAAAGGGAACCGGCUCCUACGCCCCCCGCAACAAAGGGAACCGGCUCCUACGCCCCGCAACAAAGGGAACCGGCUCCUACGCCCCCGCAACAAAGGGAACCGGCUCCUACGCCCCCGCAACAAAGGGAACCGGCUCCUACGCCCCCGCAACAAAGGGAACCGGCUCCUACGCCCCCGCAACAAAGGGAACCGGCUCCUACGCCCCCGCAACAAAGGGAGCACCCGGCCCCAACGCCCCCGCAGCAACGGAAGCACCCGGCCCCAACGCCCCCGCAGCAACGGAAGCACCCGGCCCCAACGCCCCCGCAGCAACGGAAGCACCCGGCCCCAACGCCCCCUCAGCAACGGAAGCACCCGGCCCCAACGCCCCCUCAGCAACGGAAGCACCCGGCCCCAACGCCCCCUCAGCAACGGAAGCACCCGGCCCCAACGCCCCCUCAGCAACGGAAGCACCCGGCCCCAACGCCCCCCUCAGCAACGGAAGCACCCGGCCCCAACGCCCCUCAGCAACGGAAGCACCCGGCCCCAACGCCCCCUCAGCAACGGAAGCACCCGGCCCCAACGCCCCCUCAGCAACGGAAGCACCCGGCCCCAACGCCCCCCUCAGCAACGGAAGCACCCGGCCCCAACGCCCCCUCAGCAACGGAAGCACCCGGCCCCAACGCCCCCUCAGCAACGGAAGCACCCGGCCCCAACGCCCCCUCAGCAACGGAAGCACCCGGCCCCAACGCCCCCUCAGCAACGGAAGCACCCGGCCCCAACGCCCCCUCAGCAACGGAAGCACCCGGCCCCAACGCCCCCUCAGCAACGGAAGCACCCGGCCCCAACGCCCCCUCAGCAACGGAAGCACCCGGCCCCAACGCCCCCUCAGCAACGGAAGCACCCGGCCCCUCAGCAACGGAAGCACCCGGCCCCUCAGCAACGGAAGCACCCGGCCCCUCAGCAACGGAAGCACCCGGCCCCUCAGCAACGGAAGCACCCGGCCCCUCAGCAACGGAAGCACCCGGCCCCUCAGCAACGACUGA